AUGAAAAAUAAUACUGCAGCUACACAUAAACUGGAUCCUGCGAAAUUUGAGUUUAGCGUAACCUCGAGCUCAGCUCCAGAUAUUCUAGCAAAAGCCUUUAGAAGAUACAAAAAGUGGACAUUUCCAGAUUAUAAAGACGGUUCGUAUCCUCCAGUAGUAGAAGCAACACUUCUGGGCUUAAAAGUCACAGUAAAGAAAGCUUACGAUGACUCUUAUCCGCAGCUGGAUAUGGAUGAAUCCUAUACGCUAGAAAUUGGAACUUCAGAAUAUGCUACUCUGACAGCCAACGAAGUUUGGGGAGCACUACGAGGACUGGAAACAUUCAGUCAGCUAGUCUACCAGCCAGACAUCAAUGUUUAUCGCACCUAUGCCACUCAUAUUGAGGAUAAGCCACGAUUUAAACAUCGAGGCACAUUGAUAGAUUCAUCACGACAUUUUCUUUCUGUCAGCACCCUCAAGAUGCAUUUGGAUUUAAUGGCUCAAAAUAAAAUGAACGUAUUCCAUUGGCAUUUGGUGGACAGUGAAUCGUUUCCUUAUCCCUCUGAAAUAUUCAAAGAUUUAUCUGCCAAAGGAGCAUACACUCCACGACAUGCAUAUACACGAGAGCAAGUUCAGGAGGUGAUUAAGUAUGCAAAAAAUCGUGGUAUUAGGGUUGUUGCUGAAUUUGAUACACCAGGUCAUCUGGGUGGUUGGGAACCUGGACGAAAAGGACUUUUGAGUAAAUGUUAUGAUCGUGAAGGUAACAACAAUAUUUUGCCAAACAUAUUUGAUCCAUCAAAGGAAGAAAACUUUGAUUUCCUAAAACAGUUUUUCAACGAAAGCGCUCAUACCUUCCCAGAUAAUUAUAUGCACUUUGGUGGAGAUGAAGUUUCAUCUAGUAUGCUUCAAUGUUGGUAUCGUAAUCCAGAGGUUCGAAAAUGGAUGGAGAAUAACGGUUACGGCACUGACACUUAUAAAGCACCAAAUGUUAUUGCACAUGUAUGGAAGGGUAAAAACUAUGCUGAGAUAAUGAGUGAAAUGAACAGCGUAACGAAAGCGGGGCACCAUGCUAUUUUAUCGUCUUGUUGGUACUUAAAUUACAUUAAAUAUGGCAACGAUUGGGGAUACCUUGAAAAUUCAAAUCUGCGACUUCGUGGUAUGUACUACCAAUGUGAUCCAACUGAUUUUGAAGGUACAGAACAACAAAAACAAUUGGUGCUUGGCGGUGAAGCAACCAUGUGGGGAGAAUAUGUUGAUGGAACAAACUUGAUUCCACUGUUUUGGCCCAGAGCUUCGGCUGUAGCAGAACGACUUUGGAGUGACCCAGCACAAACCAAAAGUGCUGAUGCUGCUUGGCCACGACUUCAUGAACACCGCUGUCGAAUGUUACGUCGCGGUUUUGCUGUUCAAACGAUUAACUUUCCAAACUACUGUCCAGUUGAAUGGGAUCCACCAUAUAAAGACUCGGAUGCGUAA